ACGGCGUCAAAUCUCUUCCUUGGUGGCUUCAAACAAGAGGAGAGAAGCGAAGGUAUAGCGCGCAAACAAGAGCUCCAAACACUGCGGGAGGAGAGAGGAGGCGUGUGAGAGUUUCGCAUUCUAGAUUUUUAUAGGCGGCGCGAGAAAUCUUCUGUGUUCUUGUUUUCUCCAAGAGCUAGAGCUAGCGCAUUCCAGGGAGGAUUCGCGGCAAAUCGGUGGCAAUGCAAGGCUUGUAACAAGCAGAGAAAUCUUUGUUUUGUUCCGACAGGGAUUCUCCACGAAUCUAGCGCGAGCUUAAACAACUAGUAGACUAGAUUUUUUUAAUUUGUUCGUCAUGGCGGUGGCCUCCUUGGAAGUAGCACUGAGUCUUUGCUCUACCUCCAGUGGCACCGACUCAAGAACAGGGCUCCAUAGAUCCAAGACGGCGAUGGUGUCGCAGUUCUUGAGCUCGAGGAGCUGCCAGAGACUGCUGCUCACUUCUCGGCAGAUCAGGAACGCGUCUAGAAGGAUCUCGCCGGUAGUGGAGGCUCGAUUGUUUGGGCCAGCGAUCUUCGAGGCGUCCAAGCUCAAAGUCUUGUUUCUGGGAGAAGAUCAUGACAAGCACCCCUCAAAGUCUCCCAGGACGUACACGCUCACGCACAGCGACAUCACCGCCAAGCUCACGCUGGCGAUCUCGCGAGAGAUCAACAAAGCACAGAUCAUGGGGUGGUAUAGCAGGCUCCAAAGAGACGAAGUUUUGGCCGAGUGGAAGCAAACCAAGGGCGAGAUGUCGCUACAUGUGCAUUGCCAUAUCAGUGGUGGCCACUGGAUGCUCGACGCCAUCGCUCCUCUUCGAUUCUACAUCUUUCGCAAGGAACUCCCAGUCGUUCUGGAAGCAUUUCGGCAUGGGGACGAACCUCUCUUCCGGAAUCAUCCAGAGCUGGAGGGAGCGCUGGUUUGGGUCUACUUCCAUUCCAACGUGAGUGAAUACAACAAAGUCGAGUGCUGGGGACCUCUUCGCAACGCUGCAAAGACUGGAUCAGAGGCUGCCAAACAGGCAAUCCAGGAAGCCAUCAAAGAGAUCGAGAAACCAUGGCACAGCUGCACGGGCCCCUGCACUUGCUGCUCCAGAAACUCCCUCAUUCCGGUUCCACAAUCUCUACUCGAGGCAUCAUCGCCAUCGAUCUCGACUCAGUCGUCUCCUUCGCCUGAUGCGUGACAAGGAAACUAACAAAGCCUUGUUCGUCGCAAGGUAGGCCAUUUUGUACAGUAAAAGGACAAAGAAACAGAGAAAAAGAGGAGCCAUUCUGGAAUGGCACUCAAUUCUGUAUUAAACUUUCAGUUCAACACGAAUUGUAUUCUUGUA